AUGGAUGAGGAACGUCGCACUACAGUUAAUCGUAGUGUAUGUAUUCGAGAGUCAAAAGAUCGACUUGUAUUUAUAGAUACAGGAUUUCUUGAUCGAACUGGUGAUGAAAUGCAUACAUCAAUGGAAGCAGGUUCUUUAAUGCAAAAAACUCAAAUGAAAGACACAAAAUGGUUUAUGGCUUACGAAAGAAAUAAUGUAGAAAAAGGAUUGAAAUGGGGUCUAUCAGGAACAGCACAAAUUGGGAAAGGAAUGUGGGCUCUGCCAGAUAUGAUGGCAGCAAUGAUUGAACAGAAAAUUUCUCAUCUCAAAGCUGGAGCAACUUGUGCAUGGGUACCAUCAUCAACAGCAGCUACACUUCACGCUUUACAUUAUCAUCAAGUUGAUGUUUUUGCUCGUCAAAUUGAAUUAAUAGCGUCAUGUUCAUUGUCAAACAAUUAUUUAGAUGAUCUAUUAACAAUACCAAUUCUUAGAACAACUUUAACAUCUGAAUAA